CAGAGACCACGCACGGAUAUAGCUCACACACACCCUCUUCGCCAUCUACUGGAACCCUCUCUCUCUCUCUCUAGAAUUUAUUUGCAAUAAUUACAUGGCCCGAUCUCUGUAUCAAACCCUAAUCCGAACCUCCCAGCCGGGCAUCUUCGUCCCCAAAUCUCCUCCAUCUCCACACGCGUCUCGUUUCGUAUCCCUCCGAACCCAAUCGAGCCAGUCGGAGAACUUCCAAGACUUCGAUUCCGAUCAACGCGAAGCCCUGGCGGUGCAGAAGAUCGAGGACGCGAUUCACCGCAUAAUCGUCAAGCGAUCGGCCCCCGAUUGGCUACCAUUCGUCCCCGGAUCGUCGUAUUGGGUUCCGCCGCAGAGAAGGACCUACGGAAUCGCCGAUUUGGUUGACAAGUUGGCGAAUUCACUCGCCGAAGAGGAGGUUAUGUCUCUCACCACCGCUCGCGGCUGGCCUUCUUCCGCUUUUUUCGUCACUGAUGCAUCUCCAGAUCCUGCAGAUAUAGAAACAGCUUCCAGAAACCCGUCACAGUCUGAAGAUAAGGAUGGAUAAAACACAUUUCUGACAUGACUGGCAUCUGAGGCUCAUCAACGCAUAAAUGUUAUGUGGUAUAAUUAAGAAGAAGAAGAAGAAGAAGAAGAAGAAGAAGAAGAAGAAAGGUGUAGAUUGAAGACAUGUAACUUAGUGGGAGGAGCUGUACAGAUGCAACCUGUGUAGUGUGGUGGGGGAAUGCUGCUUAGUAUCUCUCAAAAAAUUUGGACUUUCAUAACUCUCUAUCUUAUAAAGAAACCAGGUUGUCAGCCUGUAGUUUCAUUGUAUAUUUUUUAGAACAUCCCCGGUUUGGAAGUCAUCUUUUAUUGAGUAAUAUCAUUUGUGGUUUUUACGCUCGCGGCUGCAGAGCUA